GAACAGACACUCCCAUCAGGAGGAGGACGAGCCGGCUCCCCAUUCACUGCAGCGCUGCUCUGCUUCUCACUCAGAAAGGACAAUACUCUGAAUAAGGCUCAAGGAGUGCUGAGUGUCUGGCUUCACAUGUAAGAAGCUGACUGGGAACUCGAGGACCUGCAGCGACCAUCGACUCCCACAAGCCGUCCUCAUCGGUUGCUCCACAGUGGAGUGGUUCUCAUCCGCACCACCCACUCAUCUCACUCAGGGCCUUGCGGUCAACCAUGGUUCUGUGUGAGGACGGCGACUGCAGCGUCUGCCUCGCGGCCUUCUCGCGGACGGACAGGAUCCCCCGGGUGCUCCACUGCAGACAUACCUUCUGCGACCCGUGCCUGGAGACCAUGGCGCAGGUCAGGGACGGCCUGCUCACCGUGGGCUGCCCUCUGUGUCGCCGGGUGACCUGCAUAGGGCGCGGCCUCAGCCUGCGGGAAGCCCUGUGGGUCAACAGCAAGCUGUGGGAGCAGAUACCUGAGGCUGCGCAGGAGGAGGAAGAGGAAGAGGAGGAAGAUGGACGGAAACUAAGAGCUCAGGAGGAAGCGAUGGAGGCUAAACAGCAGCCCUCGCUGCAGGCACAAUGUGCUUCCUCCAGGUCUGCCAGAACCAAGCUGAAGCUGCCUGCUUUCUUCAGAAAGUUCAGUUUGAAUAAGCAACACCAGGAGAGGAUUGUUCCCGGCAGUAAUGUGGAAAUGAAAUCCUGGCGCAGGCUUUCAACUGAAGACGCCGCCUAAAAAGAGGCAGAUGGAAGAUGAUGCGAUUAUGUGACGCCUCUACGAGACCCUCAUCAGCGGAGGGAAAGUGGUGACCGUUAGGACCAAGAAUCCAUUUGUGUUCCUGUCAAGACAUUGUUUUGUCCCCGGCCAAAGGUGCCCCGUCUCCCCCAUUAUUAAUUCUAGGCUUAAUUCCCCCAGCUGGUGUAGUGGGAUUUGGUUCAGCUGUCCCAGUGGGACUCACACCCCCCUCGUGACAGAUGGCCUCCAGACAACGUUCCCUUUCUGCGUUCUGCUGAACAUUGAGUAUAAUAUAUUGUUCUUCUAUUUAUGACAGCUAGUUGACAAAGUAUUUAAUAAAAUUAUUUUUGAGAGAAUUCCUCUGACUGUGUUUUAUGUCUUUAUUUGUCUAAUUAAUGCUACUUAUGUGGCUUUUGGGAGAUAAAAAAAAAGAUUCUCUACUUUACAGUGUAAAGGAUUUAUGACACGUCAGGUAUUAAAGACACUGAAACGAAAUGAAGC